UCGCAGCCCAGCCGCCAUGUCGGCGGCGCCGGGAGAGCCCGGGCUGGGGCCUCCCGUGGGCGCCCGGUUCUUCUGUACGGCGGGCCGCGGCCUGGAGCCGUUCCUGAUGCGGGAGGUGCAGGCGCGGCUGGCGGCCACGCAGGGAACACAGAAUCACCGGGGGACCUUGUUCAAAAUGCAUAUUUCUGGAUGCCACUAAGGCUGCUGCUAAGCCCAGGUGUUGAAUAUAUUUCAGGAAAGGUUUUUUUCUCCACCAGUUCUGAUUUGAAUAUGCUGAAGAAAUUAAAAUCUGCAGAAAGGUUGUUUUUACUGAUUAAAAAGCAGCUUCCAUUCACUGUUUCUUCUGUAUCUAAAGGAAAAAUAUUUAGUGAAAUACAAAGACUUAUAAAUGAUGAUCCAGGAAAUUGGUUGAAUGUCAUUUCAAUUUGGAAAAAUCUUCUUGAACUGAAUACAGAAAAUGAAAAACUUCCUCAAAGAGACACUAACCCACUAAAAAGAAAAGUGGGAGAAAAUGAAACUGUUGUUGCUAAGAAAUCAAAGACAGAGCAAACACAAAAGAUAGAAGAGAACCGGGAAUGCCAGGUGGGCAAACAGAGAGAAGAAGAAACCCUGGAGCAAAGAGAGCCUGUCGCUACCAGGGAAGAACUUCCAGAAGCAGCAUCAGAGAAUGAUGUGGGGGAAGCCGUGGAAACGCAUCCCCAGGGCCACUUGACUUUCCGAGUUUCCUGCCGCUGCAGCGGAACCGUUGGAAAGGCCGUUACUGCACAGGAGGUAGGAAGAGUAAUUGGAAUUGCUCUUAUGAGACAGUUUGGAUGGAAAGCAGAUUUAAGGGAUCCAAACUUAGAGGUCUUUAUCCAUCUAAAUGACAUUUACUCGGUGGUUGGGAUUCCUGUGCUCAGGGUGCCUUUAGCCAGCAGGGCGUACAUUAAGACAGCCGGACUGCGAUCCACCAUAGCUUGGGCAAUGGCCUCUCUUGCUGAAAUUAAGGCUGGUGCAUUUGUUUUGGAUCCCAUGUGUGGACUUGGAACAAUACUUCUGGAAGCUGCUAAGGAGUGGCCAGACGUGUUUUAUGUGGGUGCUGAUGCUAGUGACUCACAGCUACUCGGUGCCUGUGACAAUGUAAAAGCUGCCGGACUUGAGGAUAAAAUUGAGUUACUUCAACUCUCUGUUUUAGAAUUGCCACUUCCAUCAGAAAGUGUUGAUAUUAUUAUUUCUGACAUUCCAUUUGGGAAAAAGUUUAAGUUAGCAAAAGACAUCAAAAGAAUUCUACAAGAAAUGGAGAGGGUGCUCCAUGCCAGAGGAACCAUUGUACUGUUGCUUAGUGAGAAUCACUACCGGUGCCUUAAUGACCGUGAAGAGAGCAGCCUGCCUGUGAAUUCCAAGGGCAGCCACACAGAUGAACCUGGACCUGAAAAGUGCUUGAACCCUGAAGAAAGCAUCAACGUACCAGAGACAGCUUCGUCUUCACAGGGAGCCAGUAACCAGGAGUACUUCCGGAAAAUGUCGCCGUUUGGCUCUUUGGUCCCCGAGGAAUGCUACAAAGUUAGCCUUGGGAAAACAGAGGCGUUCAUGUGUAAAUACAGGAAGGCGCACUCUUCGGGACCAUAGCAGGCUGCUGCCACCAGCCAGCUCCAGCUCUUUAUCCAGAGUCCUAAGCGAACAAAUUCCCCAAAGACUUGGCUGAUUGACACGUUUUUAGUAAGAAUCUCUGUGCUCUCCUCUGAACUGCAUAAUGUUUGA